AUGAGUAUGAUUCUUCAUGUUAAUGAAAGAAUACAGGAUACAAAGGGAGGCAUUCUCUCCACAUCUGUGAUCAUCAGUGACUACAGAAAACAUAGUUUUAAGACGAAGUCGGCGGGAGCCGCCGCUAGUUCCUGGCGGGCUGUUUUAGCUCCUCUUGUCGCCGGUCCUGCUGUGUUGCCAGCUGCCGGACCGAGCAUCAUGACGUCCGCCUUGGAGAACUACAUCAACCGAACUGUUGCUGUCAUUACUUCUGAUGGGAGAAUGAUUGUGGGAACACUGAAAGGUUUUGACCAGACCAUUAAUUUGAUUUUGGAUGAAAGCCAUGAACGAGUGUUCAGCUCUUCACAGGGAGUAGAACAAGUGGUACUAGGUUUAUACAUCGUGAGAGGUGAUAAUGUUGCAGUCAUUGGAGAAAUUGAUGAAGAGACAGAUUCUGCACUUGAUUUGGGGAAUAUUCGAGCAGAACCUCUGAACUCUGUAGCGCACUAAGGAUAAACUACAUAUAUUGGACAUCUGUAAAUCUUUGUACAGAAACUGAUUAUUCUGAGGAUGAUGGGCAGAAUUUUUAUGAAAGUGUAAUUGUGGAUUUUGACUCCAUAUUGAUUCAUUGUAAUAUGAUAUGUAAAUUAAAAUAUUUCUACAUUUUCUUGAAAAAAA